UAAAACUGAAAAUCACUGGCACCGCCACAUCUUGUCUGGUCUUUCCUCUUUCCGAUAAACUUUGCAUUCACUAACCUCCAAAUUUAUAAAACCAUACAUAUCCACACAUACAUAGUAUAUAUCUAUACAUAUUUAUACAUAUAUAUAGUACCGAUCUCUCUUCAUUGUAACUGUUCAUUUGAUACAAACACAAAGCUUUUUGAGAUAAUUUUAGAGAGAGAGAGAGUCAUGGAGAAAGCGAUUGAGAGACAAAGAGUUCUGAUCCAACAUCUUUGUCCUUCUUCUACAUCUUCUUCCCUCGAAAACAUUGAAUCUUCGCUCUCUGCAUCUUUUUGUUCUGCUGGUGACAGUGCUGCAUAUCAGAGGACCUCUGUCUUUGGGGAUGAUGUUGUAAUUGUAGCUGCAUAUCGGACUCCACUUUGCAAGUCUAAGAGGGGUGGUUUCAAGGAUACUUAUCCUGAUGACUUGCUUGCACCAGUUUUGAAGGCAUUGAUAGAAAAAACGAAUCUGAACCCAAGUGAAGUAGGGGACAUUGUUGUGGGCACGGUACUGGCACCAGGGUCCCAAAGAGCAAGUGAAUGCAGGAUGGCUGCAUUCUAUGCUGGAUUCCCUGAAACUGUCCCGGUUAGAACGGUGAAUAGGCAAUGUUCAUCUGGCCUUCAAGCAGUUGCUGAUGUAGCAGCUGCUAUUAAAGCUGGAUUUUAUGACAUUGGAAUUGGAGCUGGAUUGGAGUCCAUGACAACAAAUCCAAUGGCUUGGGAAGGAUCAGUUAAUCCAAGGGUGAAAUCGAUGGUCCAAGCGCAAAAUUGUCUUCUUCCCAUGGGUAUUACUUCAGAAAAUGUUGCCCAUCGUUUUGGUGUAACAAGGCAGGAGCAGGACCAAGCUGCAGUCGAGUCACAUAGGAAGGCUGCUGCUGCAACAUCUUCUGGUAAAUUUAAAGAUGAAAUAAUUCCUGUACCCACCAAGAUUGUUGAUCCUAAAACGGGAGACGAGAAACCUGUUACAAUCUCCAUUGAUGACGGAAUUCGGCCAAAUGCAACAAUCUCAGAUUUGGCAAAACUGAAGCCCGUAUUUAAGAAAGAUGGGACGACCACUGCUGGUAAUUCUAGCCAAGUGAGUGAUGGUGCUGGAGCCGUCCUCCUCAUGAAACGAAGUGUUGCAAUGCAGAAAGGAUUGCAGAUUCUUGGCGUGUUCAGGACCUUUGCUGCUGUUGGUGUAGACCCUGCUAUUAUGGGUGUUGGCCCAGCUGUUGCAAUUCCAGCUGCAGUGAAGUCUGCUGGUCUAGAACUUGAUGAUAUUGAUCUUUUUGAGAUAAAUGAGGCAUUUGCUUCCCAGUUUGUCUAUUGCCAGAAGAAGCUGGAUCUUGAUCCACAAAAAAUCAAUGUUAACGGAGGUGCUAUGGCCAUUGGGCAUCCUUUGGGAGCAACAGGAGCUCGAUGUGUCGCAACUCUAUUGCAUGAGAUGAAGCGCCGUGGUAGAGACUGCCGCUUUGGAGUGAUCUCUAUGUGCAUAGGCACAGGAAUGGGGGCAGCUGCUGUUUUUGAAAGAGGAGACUGUGUGGACGAACUCCGCAAUGCCCGAAAAAGUGACACCAACAAUCUUUUAUCCAAGGAUUGUCAAUAGAAUCAAUUCAUCCCGCUCUUUUACUCACCAUUUUCUUGUUCUCAAUAAUCUCACAGCUGGUGGUGGGAGUCCCUUCAAAGCAUUGUAAUAAAUUAUAUGGAACUUUUUUUUUCCAGGCACAGUUUCAUGUAUGAGAACCAUGUUCGAAAAUUUUAGUUAUUUUUAAUGUGAAAGGUUCUUUUAUCCA